GGACUGGGCUGGGGGCAGCGCUCUGUCACCCGGCCUGCAGAGGUGGGACUGGGCUGGGGAGGCGCUCCGUCACCCGGCCUGCAGAGGUGGGACUGGGCUGGGGAGGCGCUCCGUCACCCGGCCUGCAGAGGUGGGACUGGGCUGGGGAGGCGCUCCGUCACACGGCCUGCAGGGGUGGGACUGGGCUGGGGCGGCGCUCCAUCACCCGGCCUGCAGUCCCCUGGGUCACGCCCACAUAGCCGCCUCCCCACUGGCAGACAUCUGAGGCUCACCUGAGCGCAGGUGCUCCUAAGGGGGCUUCUGGGCGUGCACCUGCGGGGCCCGAGUGGCUGCCCUCACACCAAACGCAAGGGCCGGGACGCAAACCCCGGUGAGUGUUUGACAGAGGUCGACUCCCGGGAAACAUCACGCCAGGUGAACCUCCCCCACACCGGGGCUCUGCCUGGGAGCAGUGGGGGCCACUGCCUGGCGCAGGCUUCCCCGAGCUGAUGCAGCCGACCGCAAGCCUCACCAGCGGGACAGCGCCUCCUGCUGGUUGUGUCUGGGCCCGCACCCGCCCCUGCUACACACCACAGCUGACCUCACGCCCCUGUCUGACAGCAAAGCGGCACACGUGGACCGCCAGAACAGGAGGGCCGAGCACCCCCGGGGACGGGAAUCAGUCCCCUCUGCACAGCGGGCUCGGUGGGAACUCAAGGCCAGGGCCCACCAGGCCCAGCCUGCCCUCCCCACCCUCCCACGCAGAAGGCCCCGCCCCAGAACCUGGGCCGCAGGCUGGGGCGGGUGUCGCCCCACACCUCAGGGCUGCUCUCCCCUCAGCCGCCCCAGGUGAUCCAAAACCUCCAGGGUGCAGGACGCAGAGCAGUGUGGGGGAGGGGCAGGCACAAGGGGCACCUUGCAGCCCAAGGCGACAGCCUGCAGGGCACACCGGGCCCUCCUCCUGCGUCCAGGCCCACACAGGGCGCCCAGCUCCUGCAGGAGGACGUCUGGGAGGGAGCGGCUCUCUGGCCCUUGGGGAAGUCACAGAUGCACCACAGACAGGACUGUUGCCACCAAAUCCCCCCGCUGACCAGCUGGCUGUGCACACGGCACCACACUCGCUCCCACCCUGCAUCAGCACAGUCGGUCAGGGGCCCGGGGGGCACCGGAGGACAGAGCGAGCCCUGCACACGCACGCACACACACGCACACACCAGUGCCCUGCACACGCACACAUGCACGCCCACAUGCUCCAGUGCCCCCCCACACCAGUGCCCCCACACAUACACAUGCACGCCCACAUGCUCCAGUGCCCCCCCACACCAGUGCCCCCACACAUACACAUGCACGCCCACAUGCUCCAGUGCCCCCCCACACACACACACCAGUGCCCCCACACGCAUGCACACACACACACAGCACCUGCACCCAUUCACACAGGAGCCCUCCUAGACGCUCGCACAGAGCUCUGGCCCCGACUGCCCCGGGCAGGUCCCCCAACCCAGCAGGCCUGUGAGGGUCCUGGGCAGACUCAGGGCGGCCGCCUUCGGUUUCUGGACUCAGCUGCGUGAGCUCCAUUUUGACAGCACUGGGAGGCCCCUACGGUGACACUGCUCAGACAGCCACAGGCCAUGGCCAUGAGGACAGAGGGGACACGGACAGCGGGUGCCCCGGCUCCGGGGGACGGGAGCCACAGCGAGAGGCCCCAGACGAGGGUGGGCUACGAGGGAAACUCGAUGACCAAGCGUCCAGUCCCCUUAGGGAGGAGCCCAGGCCUCAGGGAGGGGUCGGGACACAGAACAGCCAGGCUUACCUGCGCGCCCCUGGAGUAGGACCUGAAGAUGGUGCAGAACCUGCCCUGGCCCGACGUGUCCCUGAAACACACGGGGGCAGUCAGCAGGGGAGUCCCCGCCCGGCCCUGCGCCUCUGGAGACCCCAGCGAGGGGAGAGGGCCGGGACGACGUGGGACGCAGCCUCUGGCCGUCAGGACACAGGGCCACGAGGAGACGCGGCCGCGCCCGCGGGGCCCACGCACCACAGCUCCAGCUUGACGCGCCGCCCGUCCAGCAGGAUGGUGGUGGUCUUGUAGUCGAUGCCUGCAGCGACAGGGGAACGGGGGCCCGUCAGGGCUGGGGCCGGGCAGCGCCCUCACUCCCGGCUUGGGGAGCGGGCACCGGGGCUCCCGGGGGCCACGCUCCUUCCCGCCGGCCCUGCCUCCUGAGAACCCUGAAGCCAACCGGAGGCUGCAGCUGCUGGAGCUCCCACAGGGCACGGGGCUUCCACCGCCCUGGCUCUGCCGAGCGCCUUCCGCGAGCCGGCUCACACCCCCAGGGGGAGGGUCGGCACGCGGGCACACGGCCCCGGCCUCCUGAGCCUCGGCCGCUGGUCUGAGACGCGCCCGAGGGGGCCAGGCACAGAGGUUUUUCUGAACAUGGGUGUCGCUCCUACAGAGAAUGCGUGUGUGACUGUGUCUGCGUGUGAGUGCGUCUAUGUGCAUCUGUGUGUGUGUCAGUGUGUGUCUGCCUGUGUCUCUGUAUCUAUGUGCACACAUGUGCACCUGUGUGUCUGUACAUGCGUGCAUCUGUGUGCACACGUGUCUGCCUGUGUCCCUGUAUCUAUGUGCACACAUGUGCAUCUGUGUGUACAUGCGUGCAUCUAUGUGCACAGUGUCUGCCUGUGUCUCUGUAUCUAUGUGCACACAUGUGCACCUGUGUGUCUGUACAUGCGUGCAUCUGUGUGUCAGUGUGUGUCUGCCUGUGUCUCUGUAUCUAUGUGCACACAUGUGCAUAUGUGUGUCUGUACAUGUGUGCAUCUGUGUGUCAGUGUGUGUCUGCCUGUGUCUCUGUAUCUAUGUGCACACAUGUGCAUCUGUGUGUCUGUACAUGCGUGCAUCUGUGUGCACACGUGUCUGCCUGUGUCCCUGUAUCUAUGUGCACACAUGUGCACCUGUGUGUACAUGCGUGCAUCUGUGUGUCAGUGUGUGUCUGCCUGUGUCUGAGUGUGCAGCAGCUGAGCGGCCGUGCACGCUGCCCUCACGCUGGGGCACUGCGCCUGGCUCAGAUGUGGAAGGCGCCAUCGACAGUGACACGCAAGCCCCAGAAUGAAAACAGUGUUUGCACAUCCCUGCCUCUCUGAGGGUCAGCAGUCCAACCUGUGAAGAGGUCCUGCACCCCAACAGAAAAGCAGACAGCCUGAUGAGAAAGGUGCCAAGCCCCUGCACGGAGCCUCCUAGAGGACACCAGGUCCUCCGGAAACCCAAAGCCACACCCGGGAGACAACAGGGACAGAGAAAGCUGCGGCCCUCGUCCCUGCACCAGCAGGACCCGGAUGGGGGUUGCCCUGCCCCCCAGGCCGCCCCAGAUGGUGCUGCCAUGAGCCCUGGCAGGGAGGCAGGGGCACCCCCUACUGGAGAGGAGCGGGAGCCUCCUCGAAUUUGUCCCCAACCAACCCGAGCAUCAGGAGCGCUGUGAUGACGCCUCGUCCUGUAGCCACUGUCAGGUGCUGUCCCCGGCCCCGAGUACCGUCCCGGGCUCCGAGUACCUUCCCCUGCUCCGAGUACCAUCCCAGGCUCCGAGUACCGUCCCGGGCCCCGAGUACCGUCCCGGGCCUCGAGUACCGUCCUUGGCCCCAGCCCCGAGUACCAUCCCAGGCCCCGGCCCCAAGUACCUCCCGGGCCCCAAGUACUGUCCCCGGCUCCGAGUACCGUCCCGGGCCCCGAGUACCGUCCCUGGCCCCGAGUACCGGCCCCGGCUCCGAGUACUGUCCAGGGCUCUGAGUACCGUCCCAGCCCCGAGCACUGUUGUUAGCUGAGUACCCCUGAGCUGAGCUCCAAGCACUAGUUCCAAGCAUGGCCAGCUCUGGGCAUCAUCCACACCUGGCAGGAAAGGAUGGGCCCUCCGAUGCAGCAUGGAGGACGGCGGAGGCGGGAGACCGCAGCAGCCGGCAGGCGGGCACCCGGCCCCCAGGGCGACCCGUGACUGCUUCCUUCCAGCUAACCCAUCCUCCAUGGAGAGCAGCAAUGACCCCUCAGUGCCCACCCGCACGGCUACAGAGGCCUGGCCCCGAGCCAGCGGCUCCAGCCGAGGACUGAACACAGCUGGCCAAGCCCCUCCGGGCCCCACGGCCCCUCCUCCUUUCUCCCAGUAAACCUCUUCUCCCGCGAUCCCAGGAGGCCGACACCACCAGCACCACGCGUGAGGAGAGCUCGCCCUCCGCCCCUCCCUCUCAGCACAGGGAGAUGGCUCACAAGGGCCACUCGCGUCAACUUCCCGGAAGGAAGAGCUUGGUUUUGACACUGACCGGUGACCACAGCCUGGUCCCGUGCAGUCUCCAGGGAGGCACAGGAGGAAGACUGGAUGCGGGGCUGCCCGCGCCCGCACACUGGCACCCGGGUCGUCUCUGCCGCUCACACGGACGGCCAGACGGGGUACUGCUCGCAGCUCCAGAUCACACCCUGGCACAGGUGCUGCGGAGUCGGGGAGGGAAGUGUCCACCGUGCCCCUAGGGGCCGCAGGGGAACCAGCUGAGUCCAGACGCCCCGAGAGGCCCCUCCCAGCUUUAUUUCAGAGAUGAAGCAGCACUGCCGGUGCGGCAGGGCAAGCCGUGCCUUGCUACGCUGGCAUCCGGCAGGAGAGCGCUGCGUCCCGUCCCGCUGCUCCACUUCCGACCCAGCUCCCUGCUGGGGCCUGGGAAAGCCGCAGACGGCGGCCCAGCUGCUUGGGCCCUGCACCCACGGGGGAGACCCGGGUGGAGCUCCUGGCCCCAGCCCGGCCCAGACCUGGCUUUUGUGGCCAUUUGGGGAGUGACCCAAAGGAUGGAAGAUCUUUCUCUGUCUCUCCCUCUCUGACACUCUGCCUUCCAAAUAAAUUAAUCAACUUAAAAAGAACGAA